UGUUGCUCUGUAUGUUGUGAUAUUUUUAAAGAGCCUGUUCUCCUGAAAUGCAGCCACAGCUUCUGUAAAAUAUGUCUGCAGCAGUACUGGGAAGAGAAGAGCUCUCGAGUAUGUCCUAUCUGCAGGAGAAAUGCCUCUAUGGAGGAUCCUCCUGUAAACCUGGCUUUAAAAAACAUUGUGGAGUCCUACUUAAUGCAGAAGUCUAUAAGGGAAGCUGCAGGCAAGAGUGAUGAUCACUGCAGUCUUCAUGGGGAGAAACGUUUAUUCUUCUGCGAACAUGACCAAGAGCCUCUUUGUGUCGUCUGUCAGACUUCAAAAAAACACAGAAACCACCCAGUCUGUCCAGUGGAAGAGGCUGCGUUGGAUCUGAAGGAGAAACUCAAGCCUGCACUUAAUCUCAUUAAAGAAAAACUGAAGAGGUUUACUGAUGUUGAAGAAGAAUGUAAGAAAGCAGCAGAACACAUCAGGAGUCAGGUCCAGCACACAGAGAGGCAGAUAAAGGCAGAGUUUAAGAAGCUCCGCCAGUUCCUGCGAGAGGAAGAGGAGGCCAGACUAACUGUACUGAGGGAGGAAGAGCAGCAGAAGAGUCAAAUCAUGAAGGAGAAGACUGAAAACAUCACAGGACACAUCUCCACCCUCACAGACAAAAUCACAGCUAUAGAGAAGGCCAUGGAUACUGAAGACACCUCCUUUUAAAAGCUUCGCAAAACAGCAAAGAGGAUUCCCACCUGC